GCUCCUCCAAGCGUCAGGAAGACGCUGCAUUUCCCAGGCCCCACCAGCCGCGGCUCCGGCUCCGAGCUCACAGCCCACCGCCGGCGACUGAGUGCUGCCGAGGCUCGGGGCGCGCGCAGUUGGCGUCUGCCAGUGCCAAGACUGUGCCGCCCCCACAGCCGAGGCGCGAAAGGGGGACGCCUGGCCUUUGGGCCGCUGCCCUUGCUUUCUCUUCCUUGUUGCAAACGCCGUCCGCUCAGGAGGCGCCCCGCGACCGGCGCGAUGAGUGCCAACGAGGACCAGGAGAUGGAACUAGAAGCAUUACGCUCUAUUUAUGAAGGAGAUGAAAGUUUCCGGGAAUUAAGUCCAGUUUCUUUUCAAUAUAGGAUAGGUGAAAAUGGUGAUCCCAAAGCCUUCUUAAUAGAGAUUUCCUGGACCGACACAUAUCCCCAAACACCUCCAAUUCUAUCUAUGAACGCUUUUUUUAACAACACCAUAUCAUCAGCUGUAAAGCAGAGUAUAUUAGCCAAGCUACAGGAAGCAGUAGAAGCUAAUCUUGGAACCGCUAUGACCUAUACAUUGUUUGAAUAUGCCAAAGACAAUAAAGAGCAGUUCAUGGAGAAUCACAAUCCCAUUAAUUCCGCAACAUCGAUAAGCAAUAUCAUCUCAAUUGAAACUCCUAAUACUGCCCCAUCAAGUAAGAAAAAAGACAAAAAGGAACAACUUUCAAAAGCCCAGAAGCGUAAGCUGGCAGACAAAACAGAUCACAAAGGAGAACUUCCUCGAGGCUGGAACUGGGUUGAUGUUGUGAAGCAUUUAAGCAAAACUGGCUCUAAGGAUGAUGAGUAGCACUUGAAAUUUGAGACAAGGAAAGAACAUUCUUUAAAAAGUAAAACUGGGUUCAAAAUCUUUCAUUACUAUUUUCUGGUAUUGAGGCGGCUUUUUAUAAAACACAAUUUUUUGUAUGUUUCUUACAUUAAAAAGGUUGUAAGUUGAAAGUUCAUGAAGAGAUCUGGUUGUAUUAAAUUAUUUUCACAAACUUGCCUUAAUAAAAGGUGAAAAUGUUACUGUUUAGUAUACUUUAUGAAGCCUCUUGAGCUUUGUAAAUGGACAGGCAUGGGGAAUAAGAAUCAGUGUUAAUUUAAAUGAUCUUAUCCUGGUGGAUGUGCUAUUUUCUUAAAGGAGUAUGAAGCCCUUUUCAAACUAUCAUCCCAGUAGAGCCAAGUACUCAGUGAACAGUUACUCCAUAGUGCAAUCCAUAUUAAUAGGUUUCUUCUCUUAAAUAAAGUCUUCAUCUCUUCUUUUGCUUAAUUACUGAAACGUAAAUUGCUUCAGAGACAUUUAAAUGCUGGUAUUUGAACUUUAUACGUGAUACUUUUGUAGUUUCUUUUAAUUUUUGAAAGGUGAACUGCUUCCCUUUAAUAAAUUAAUAUCUAUUUGUACUUUUCUCUUGAUCUGGGUCAAGAUGUUUGAUCAUGAGUGCUUUGAGUGAUAUGUGGAAUAGGAGAAUACAAAAACAAAUCUGCCAAAUACACUAGAAAGCAUUUUAGUAAGAAAUGCUGGCCCUUCCUUAAAACAUUUCUCUUGCAUAUACCAGGAUGGGAGUAAAAGAUGCCUUAAUAUUUAGUUUUUGUAUUGUUGGAGACAUUGAUUUUAAUAAAAUCCUAUUUAUCUGCUGUUGUGUGCUUUUAGUUGUUGGAUAAUUGAGGUCUCCUAAAUGGUUCAACAUAAAACCACAUUUCAAGUCUUGUUUCUUUUGGAGUGUCUUUUCAAGUAUUCAAAUGUAUUUCUCAACCUGAGCAUCUUUUUAAUUAUAUACUUGGGAGUCUUUUAAAUGCUGAACUGUUACACGUGCUUGAUUUAAAAAUAAUAAUAAUAGAGGAAACUAUUGGUCUAGUUGUGCUAAGAAAAGUUUCUGAUGUUUAUGUGUGAUGUACAGUGAUCUUGUAUAUGUGCCCAGCUUUAAGAACACAUAAAACUGUUAUGUCUGGUAGGGAGAUGGUUAGUACCUCAAGUUAGUUACACCUGUGCAGCUUGGGUCUGAGUUUUGAUAGAACAGUAAACAUUUAAAGAAGAGCAGUUUGAGCUGUAUCUGCGGUUUUUACUCGUUAACUGACUUAGCUAAAUAGUUUGAAUUAUAGAGUAAGUGUAAUUACAGCAAAGGAGUUAAUCUCAUUUUCAAAAGCUGUUUCACAUUUUAUUUCUUGAAUUAAUGUAGAGCAAAACAUGUUAAAAUUCAGGACCACUGGAAUAUGGCAACUUAUGUUGCAGGGUUGUGUGUGGGUAGUAUUUGUCGUUGUACUGGCUUGUUUUUUGUUUUUGAAGAAACAUCUGCUAGUGGAAUAAAAUACUUUGUUUUGCUCUGAAGAGACUGAAAUUGUUCAGGCUUAUUAUGGCUCAUAGAUUACAGAGAAUGAUGCUAGUUACAUGCCAAUGAACUAUUUUUACUCUUUUUAUAUGAAAUGUACAAAUUUCUAGGGGUGAUGGUGAUGGUGGUGCCUCUUACUACCUUAUAUAAAACACUUGAACGGCCUCAUCAAUAUUGCCGUCAUCUGUUUAACACUCCCAGUAUAUUUUCUCAAUGUCUGUUUACUUAAAAUUUUGUGGAGUGACAUAAUAAGCAAUAAAGUCUGAAUUAUACACAG